UCGACACGACACGACUCUGUGAGAGAAGAAGACGAAUCACGGAACCUCUCUCACUCUCUCUCUCUUUUUCGCAGUCUCAAACGCUUCCCGGCGUAAAAAACAAGAAAAGCUCCUCUAUGAUUUCUUUAUACUCUUCGUCCUCGGCCAUCAAAGCCUUUCUCGACCGCUCUCCGUUCCUUCCUCUCCGAUUUCCAUCAUCGUCACUCUCUGUUUCUGUUUCCUCCUCUGUUGGAUCUCCUAUUCGGCUUCCCUCCGCCGAAAAGCGCGCUCACUCCAUAGUCGCUGCUUCUCGAGGAGGCUCGAUGUCAUCAAACGGUGAUGAUUCUCGCCAGGUUGCUGAAUCUUUCUUCAGGAGCGUUUUAGGGCAGAUGGAAACGGUUUACCUGAACCGAAACCCGACGCCUAAAUCCGUCUUGGAACUUGUCAAAUCCGUUGACGACGUACAACUUUGCUAUGAUCAUCUCGCUUUCAGGACCUUCGGGAUUGGUGGUUAUGGGAUUGAUUCGCUUGCAAGCUUUUUCCUUGACUAUGGGUAUACCCAAAUGGAUGAGCUGAGAUUUCCGGCCAAAAAGCUGAGAGCUUUGUGGUUUGCACCUCCUGAUGUUUCUGCUAUUCCUGGUGGAAGUGGCGUAAAUGGUCCCUUACCAAGAGUUUUUAUCUCAGAGCUUCUCGUGGAGCAGAUGAGUUCACAGACUCAGGAUGUGAUUAGAAAGUACACCGAAACAUGGCCUGGUGGAAAAAAGUAUGCUGCUCUUUCUAGUGCCUUGGGUACUUUACCUUGGGAAAAGCCUCUAUCUUCCGAGUUUGAGAAAUUGGCUAGGGAAAGUGAAUACGCAGCAUGGACACUUGUCAAUGGCUAUGCACUUAACCACGUCACCAUUUCUGUCCAUCGGCUUAAAUCUCAUCUAAACAAAAUUAAGAAGCUCAAUCAGUUUCUCGAAGAAAAAGGUUUCAAAUUGAACUCAGAAGGAGGAGUCCUUAAAGUUAGCCCUGAUGGUGGUUUGCUGCAAAGCUCAACUGUAGCUGAUUCGAUUUCUUUCAAGUUCUCUGAUGGCGUCACCAAAUCUAUUCCUUGUUCAUAUAUUGAGUUUGCUGAACGCCUUGUGCUUCCCCAGUACCAAAAUGUACCUGAAACCGAAAUACAAGAGUCUCAUCGACGAGAUGGAUUUGAGGUUGGAAAUGCUGAUAAGAUCUUCGAGAGCACGAAUCAGGGUCAGCUUUCCCGAAGAACUGGCUAAUAGUAAAUAGUCUCGGCUUUGGCGAUUUGUCAAUCAUGCCUCGUACAUAAACAUAUGUAGAGCUGAAACUAUUUGUAAUGUUGUUAAAUCAGUAAAGAUACUAAUCUAAGAACUCUUAAUCAGAUAGUUGUGUGUGGAUC